AUGGCAGCAACAUUAGCUGGUCAAAGCUUAAGAUUUGAUAAUUCGUUUUGGACAACUGAUCAUUAUGCUACUGGGAUGAACAUCCUUUAUGAUAAACUCGAACAAGGAAAAGUAGAAAAUGAAGAGAUAAUAACAUUCUUAAGGGAAAGAAUUUCCGUAGAAGAAACAUAUGGAAAAAGAUUAUGUGACUUGUCAAAGUCGAGCAGUCGUAAAGAUGGAUUUCUUCGUGAUGACGGAGCAUCUUUAAGGCGUUCAUUUGAGACGGUGAAAAGUGAAUGUGGAAAAUUAGGCGAGUCACAUUUGGAGCUUGCAGGAAGCAUAUAUGAUUUAGUGCUUCAACCGUUGCUGAAGUAUUCGGAAGAGCAUAAUAAAAGAUUGAAAUCAAGUAAUGAGGAGAUAACUGGCUAUUUGAAAUUAUUUGAUAAAAUGAGCGCUGAGGUUGAAAAGGCACGCGUUAGUUAUGUCACAAAAUGUCAGAUUGCCGAUGAAUUAAAAGAGAAGGCAGAUCGAGAAGCAGAGGAAAGGCAAAAGUUGGAAAUAACUUCAGAUAAGGGAAAACAACAAGAAAAGGAACAACAAGCAAGCAUGAAGGCAGCAGUUGUGCUUGGUGAUCAGGCAUUUACCGAGCUAGAGAUAAUGAAAUUUUUAGAACGUAUGAGAGAUGAGAUUGAGUCACAAGAAGUUCGGAUACCUUUUUUAGGAGUGUAUAAUGAUGUUUAUUCCGGAGAAGAUAUUACCAGAUGGUUACAAGAAAAUCAUCCGACUGCAGAUAGUUGGCGUGAAGCUGAGAGUAUUGGGCAAGAUUUGGCCGAUCAAGGUUUUAUAAAACUUGUUGGUGCAUAUGGUAAUAGAUUUACCGGGAGUCCUUCGUCAUAUUUUCAAUGGAAGAAGAAAUCAUUUGAUUUAAAGGAAACAGAAGAUACAGUUAUCAAAACAAAAGGUUGGAGCUUCCCAACUAUUACAUCAUCUAGUCAGCCACCUGAUAAACGAGCUCGUAGAGAAGCAGAUGAAGCAGACGAGGCUUAUAGACAUGCUAUAGAUCAUAUGAGUUUCUUGGAAAAGAGUGAAUUAGAUCGUAUCAAAACAUCCAAAGUAUCGUUUCUAAAUUAUGCAGCAACUUUUGGUAGUAUAAUAUCAGCUAUACAAUCAAUGUCAGAAAAAUUACUUAUUUAUCACGAAGCAUUGAAACCAGAACAUGACAUUCAGUUUAUGAUUGAAAGAUAUCGAACUGGCCCAUUUAUUCCUCAAGUUAUUCUAUAUAAUAAUCAUUAUAGUGGAAGUGCUAAUGAUCAAACAUUUGGAGUUCCACUUGAAGAAAAAGCAAAACAUGAUUUGAGAUUUAUUCCACAGAUUGUCACAAAAUGCCUUAGAUCGGCAAGUUGGAGUGAUAAUGAUAAAAAACUUUUAUGGAUAACAAGUGUUCCCUUGGCAUCAAUUCAUUCACUGAGAGAAGAACUAAAUGACGGAGGAAAGAUUACAUUAAAAAAAUUAAGAGAAUAUGAUUUAGCAAUUGUUGCUGGAAUAUUGAAAUUAUAUUUUAUGGAAUUGCCAGAAUGCCUUCUCACUUUUGAGCUCUAUGAACCUGUUAAAAUGUUAUAUUCAAUAAGUCCAGAGGAUCAAGAUGAACAGACAAAAUUAUCAUCUGUAGCAAAUUUGUUAAAUACUUCGUUACCAGAAGGAAAUUAUCACACAUUGGAAGCAUUUGUAUCACAUUUACACCGAUUUAUUGUAUCAACGCAAGCUGAUGAUUCAUAUACGACAAUACUUGCACAGAUCUAUGGAUUCAUUCUAUUACGUCCACCAAAUGAAUCCACAGUAUUUCUUCACGAUAAACACAACCAACGUCUAGUCAAAGAUCUAAUACUUCACUAUGAAACCAUUUUCAAAAAUCCCAAUAACAACACAUCAUCAUCGAGUCUUGUUGAUGAGGUGAUGAAGCGAUCUGGGAGUAGAGAAUCAUUGGCAUCAAAUAGAUCUUCUCGAUCCAAUAGAUCAUCAGCAUCAUCAAAUCAUGUCAGAGAUUCUUCACUUUCUAAUCGAUCGUCAAAUCAUGUUAGAGACAGUGUUGGCGGCGGGUCCACUAUUAGCGGAAAGGGAAUACAUUCUCGUGAAAGUUCCAUAACCAGAAUUACUAAUACUAAUAAUACUGCUGGUGAUAGCAGUGAUACUUCUAAUCCUAGAGGUUCUCCCGUCACAAUUAUGUCAUCAAUAAAUUCUAUGGAAAAAAGGGGUCUUAAAUCAGCAUCUUAUAAUACUUCAACAGAUCAAAGUUCACAAGAUUCCUUAAAUCAUUCUGCAAUUAUACGUUCUAAUUCUGGUCAUUUCUCAAUACCAAAUCAUGCAUUUAUUUCUGAGGAUGACACAUUGGAACAUACUAAUCCCAAUCUUAAGAUUGGCACAAUGUCUGGUCAUCAAUCCAAAUAA